AUGUGUGAACAUGCGCUCAACCAUGACAUAUUGUCUACAGGAUUUUACAUACUACCGAGUGAAAACCUCGUUGAAAUUGCGUCUUUUCUCAACAUCCUGGAUCUUCGGGUAUUGAGUAAGGUUAGCAGAAGGCUUUAUUACUUUGUUCAAGAUUACUUCAAGCUUUACCGAUACAACGCAGCAAUUAGGACUAUGCCGAACGAGAUAUUAUUCAAGGUGGUACAGCAAUUAGAUUGCCAAAAAGAUCAAAUCUGUUUUGCGCAAUCAAGUCGGAGGUUCUAUCCAGUCAUCGCAGACUACAUAUCUCGUCACAAUGUGCGGUACAACAAAAGCAGCCUGCUAAACUAUGCAGCCAAAAGAAACCUCAAGGCGAUGACUCAACGGAUUCUACAGGUGGGCGGAGAUAUAGAAACUCGACUUACAAUUCCAUGGACCGCCAACGACAAGCACUUGACUCCUCUUGCAACAGCCGCUCGUCAUGGGCAUCUAGAGAUAGUCAAGAUGCUUUUGGAAGCUGGAGCUAGCCAAUUUAUUAACGGAUUAAGGGUUCCGCUCCCUGUUGCCAUUUUCGCCCGACACGAAUCUGUGGCUCUGCUACUUUCUCAACAGCUGUGCGCGUCUGUCGAACCUUUAGGGAAAAAUGCAGGCACGGUGUUACAGAUAGCUUCGGAAGCCAAACUGCCACGCUUGGUGAAGCACUAUCUCAACGACAGAGACGCGCAGCUUCAACGAAAACUGGACGGCAAGCAUGUACACAAUCUCAGCAAUGCUUUAGUGCGCGUCCUUUUAGUAGACGUCAGCGAUGAAGACCUGCUCAAAAGGCAGCUAGAUGAUGAUGCGUACCAGAUCGUGUUCAUGCUGUUACACCAAGGCGCCAGUCCAGAUAUCCGCAUCCAAACUCAAUCAUCGCCCGUCAUUACUGCCCGCGUCAUUGCCUCCAGGCAUCCAGAUCCGCGUAUAAGAAAUCUUCUUUCAGCGAAGAUGCCCGCGACAGCAUUGGUGAAUAUCCGCCCAGUUGUGGGGCGGUUGUGGAUGGCAUCUUCAGGAACCGAAACUCCCACAUCCUUUACGUCGCAGUCACAUGUACUACUCUCGGCUAGUAGUUCUUCUACUAACUUGCUGAGAGCUUUGAAGAGACUCAAAUCGAUGGGGAUAGCUUCAAUGGAUGUCGACAUCGCUGAGAUGGUACGCCGCGAAAACUGCAAGCCGAAGAAGAGCCUAGAUUUUCACCCACUAGAACUCAGCACCGAAUGCUCCUUUACCCAGCUUGCCUUUAUUGACUCCUCCAAUGCUGAUCCGAGCCCGAUGCCUCAUACUGGGAAUGGUUGUCCUGUUCCUCAGACGGCAAGACGAUUAGAGAAAUCAUCAUGCGUGGAAUCUUUCCCUCAGCUUACGCAAGUAGGCCCGAGGUCAAAUGAUGUAGCAAAAGAUAACUGGGCCUCCUUUUUGGAACGCGAGCUUUCCCGACAUACGAAAGAACCGCAUGCAGCAUCUCCGGACCAAGGAGUAGACCAAGCAACAAAACAGCUCCGUAUGUCACGAAAACAAAGAAAAUGA